UUUUCACUGUUCUUUACCGCUUGGAUGAACUGCUAAACACUGCCAUCUACUGACCGAAAGACACAACUCCUCCUCCUUGUCACAUGAUUUGACUUCCGUAACUCACGAUGCUCAUUGAAAGCACCUCAGUAUACCGAGGGGAGAAGGAACCGUGCUUGUCCCGGUAAAUACAGCUUGGUGAAGGACUUUGAGAAAAAUCUGGGACAGAUUUGCAUCAGGACUCGUCAGAGAGCUCAUCAUGGCUCUGCUCGGAGCUGGAAGCCUGCUGCUGCUGCUGCUGCUGCUGCUGUUUGGUCAAUCACUCGGGGCACCUCGCUCAUUCAGUGUGGACUACAAGAACAACUGCUUUCGUAAGGAUGGGAAAGAGUUUCGAUACAUAUCAGGAAGCAUCCUCUACAGCAGGAUCCCCAGAGUCUACUGGAAGGAUCGGCUGCUGAAGAUGUACAUGGCAGGACUGAAUGCGAUCCAGACCUACGUUCCCUGGAACUACCAUGAAGAGUUUCCAGGCCGAUACAGUUUUAGUGGAGAUAGAGAUGUCGAGUAUUUCCUUAAACUGGCCCAGGACAUUGGUUUACUGGUCAUCCUUCGGCCAGGACCCUACAUCUGUGCAGAAUGGGACAUGGGCGGCCUGCCUGCAUGGCUUCUAAACAAGAAAGACAUUGUGCUGCGAUCUUCAGACCCAGAUUACAUUGCAGCUGUGGAUAAAUGGAUGGGGAAGUUAUUACCCAUGAUGAAGCCUUACCUGUACCAGAACGGUGGUCCUGUCAUCACCGUACAGGUGGAGAAUGAAUAUGGCAGUUACUUUGCCUGUGACUACGACUACAUGCGCCACCUGACCAAGCUGUUCCGCUCUCACCUGGGUGACGAGGUGGUGCUGUUCACUACAGAUGGUGCAACACUAAACUUCCUGAAGUGUGGCUCAAUACAAGGCCUUUAUGCCACUGUAGACUUUGGACCAGGGACAAACAUAACUGCAGCAUUUGAAGCACAGCGACACGCUGAACCUCAUGGACCUUUGGUGAACUCAGAGUUUUACACUGGCUGGCUGGACCACUGGGGAUCCCCACACUCUGUUGUGUCAUCUGCUGCUGUGGCCAAAUCCCUUAACCACAUUCUUGCUUUGGGAGCAAACGUCAACCUGUACGUGUUCAUAGGAGGAACAAAUUUUGGCUACUGGAAUGGUGCCAACUCACCUUAUGCCGCACAGCCUACAAGCUAUGACUAUGAUGCUCCACUCACAGAGGCUGGAGACCUCACUGAAAAAUAUUUUGCCAUUCGAGAGGUCAUCAAAAUGUACCAUGACAUACCGAUGGGACCAAUACCACCAACAACCCCGAAGUAUGCAUAUGGUGCUGUUCCAAUGAAGAAGCUCCAGACAGUAUUGGACGCCCUUGAAAAGCUUUCUUUCUCUGGUCCUGUCAAAAGCAUGUAUCCUCAGACUUUCAUAGACUUGAAUCAGGCCUUUGGUUAUGUGCUCUAUAGGACGACUCUGCCUGUGAACUGCAGCAGCCCGACUCCUCUGUCGUCACCUAUGAAUGGGGUCCACGACAGAGCGUAUGUGUUGGUGGAUGGGACGGCUGUGGGAAUUUUUGAAAGGGACGAGGUCCUAACGGUGAAUGUGACUGGGAAGGCUGGCAGUCAGUUGGACAUACUGGUGGAGAAUAUGGGCCGAAUCAACUAUGGAAGAAACAUCAAUGACUUUAAGGGUUUAGUAUCCAAUUUGACUUUGGGGAGAGACAUUCUCACCAGCUGGACCAUGUACAGUCUCAGCAUCGAUGAAGCUGUUAGCCAGGGGCUCCUCGGAGAAAAUCCCCCCACACUGAUAGAUCCACCUCGGACUGCUGCUGUUACUGCUCCUGCAUUCUAUGGGGGAAGUUUUAUAAUUCCUGAUGGCAUCCCAGACCUCCCUCAAGAUACUUACGUCAAGCUGCCCAACUGGAGGAAGGGGCAGAUCUGGAUUAAUGGCUUCAAUUUAGGGCGAUACUGGCCCACGCGAGGCCCUCAGGUGACACUUUUUGUCCCUACCAGCAUCCUCAGCACAGCUGCACCCAACAAUGUCACUGUCCUGGAGCUGGAGGGAGCUCCUUGCAACUCCCAGGUGUGCACUGUGGAAUUCACCGACACCCCGAUCCUAAACGCAACUGUCCUGUCUGGCUACAAACAGUACAGGAGGCUGUAUGCUAAAGAGGACCUACUGUGAUGAUACAGGAACUCUGCUGCACAAAAGGAAUCAGUUUGCACUAGACUUAUUGUAUGAGACACAAAUUAGCACAUUGAAUGAAUUUUCUGUAUUUAAUUUUUUUUCUAAAGCUGUGUAACAUAAAAAGGUGAAUCAUUUCACUUCCAAAUCUUUUAUAUAAGUAUGUGAGUCUCUACCUCACCGAUUCUGCAUCGCAUGUUUUCAAACCUUCUUGUCACUUCUCAAAGGGAUUAUUGUCUAUAAAAGCCACAUUGUUUUAUCAGAAUGUGUAUUUCCAUGACAGUUUUAUUUUUUAUGGAAAACCCACACUAGUGAUGUGUUCAGAAUGUAUACUGUUGGGAGUGCUGAUCUGUAGCUUUUGUUCAGUCAGAGAAUCUUGCAGACACUGACUCGGUUUGAAUGCCUUACAAUACCAAAAAAUAAAAAAAAUAAUUUGA